CGCGGCGCUGCCCGGGGCCGGGGGCCGCGUUGGCCGUGCCCGUAUCCGUAUCCGUGCCCGUAUCCGUGCCCGCGUGAGGCGGCGGCGCUGUCGGGGCGGCAGCCGAGCGCCGCGGUGCGGGAGGCGCCCGGGUUCUGUUGUUGUUCUCCUUCGCGUCUUUAUGUUUCCCUUCUUGCUUUCCGUCUUUCUGCUCUUUGAUUUCCCUCUGUCUUUUGUUUUAUCCCUUUAUUUCUCCUUUUUAUUUCUUCGCUUUUUUUGUUUUUUCUUUUCCCUUCUCUUUUCGUGUUUGGUUUCCCCUCCUGUUUUUCUUUUUCCCUUUGUGUUACCGAGGCUCGGGGCCCUGCCGUGCGGACUCACGCCUUCCUAUCGGCAACUUCAAAUCAAAGAGACAGCCAUGAAAGAUCCCAGUCGCAGCAGUACUAGCCCGAGCAUCAUCAGUGAAGAUGUGAUCAUAAAUGGUCAUUCUCACGAAGAUGACAAUCCCUUUGCGGAGUACAUGUGGAUGGAAAACGAAGAGGAGUUUAACAGGCAGAUUGAAGAGGAGUUGUGGGAAGAAGAAUUUAUUGAGCGCUGUUUCCAAGAGAUGCUGGAAGAGGAGGAGGAGCACGAAUGGUUUAUUCCAGCCCGUGAUCUCCCACAAACAAUGGAUCAAAUCCAGGACCAGUUCAAUGACCUUGUUAUCAGUGACAGCUCAUCACUGGAGGAUCUGGUGGUCAAGAGUAAUCUGAAUCCAAACGCAAAGGAGUUUGUUCCUGGGGUGAAGUACUUAAAUAUUUGAGUAGACUGGGCCCUCUUUUGGUGGAUGUAGCACAAUUUCCACACUGUGAAGCCAGUAUUAGAAGAUUUAAUUGUAAAAGCUCUCUCUUCUUGUCACUGUGUUACACUUAUGCAUUGCCAAAGUUUUGUUAGUCUUGCAUGCUCAAUAAAAAGUGCUGAGACUGUUACUAAGUAAAUCUGUCAAAAGUUUAAUGGAAACAUAAUUGGGCCCUGGCUCUCUGCAAAGGAGACAGUGAGGUAGGAAGCACCAGUCAAGUUGAGACAAAGUACCACAUUUAUAAACCUUCUGCAGACUCUGUCUUUUUAAGUAGGACUUGGAAUUUGCUUUGGAUGGUCUGUUUUUAACUAAAGAUGUGUUAACUGGUGCUAGUUUGCACCUGAUAAUGCCUUAACUUUAAAAUGAAAGCAAGGUUAUCUGAUUGUUAUGCAGAUUAGCUAACUUUCCUUUGAAUUAUCAGUAUUGUUACUAAUGUUACAUUUUCCCCUUAAAAAUAUAUAUAUUCAUGCUUCUUUUGAGCAGCCUGAGCUGUAACAGAAAUCGUACAGACCUGCACAGAGUCAUAGAUCUCAGCUACUGAACUAACAUCCCAGCGGUGGGAAGGAAGGGAUUCCCUGUACUCGCAGUAUGUUAUCAUGUCAGCAACGUUUCACUUCCUAAUUAUGUUACAGGACAUGUGAGUUUCAUCACAGUUUCUUCCAAGAGCCCACAUACGGACACAGCGAUGUCUGUGGAACUUUUAGCGUACAACUUUAUUAUAGCUGGAUUUAACCAAGCAAACCCUAGCAUUAGUGAUUUGAGUGGUGCUUUUCCCUUGCUUUGUUUAAUCAUCACUACACGAUAGUCUACAGCACAACGACUUUUUUUUUUUUUUUUUU